AUGGGUAUAACCACAACAGACAACGACGAACAAGCAGCAAGUGAGAUGGCAGCUGCAAAACCAAAAGAACGGCAAUUUCAGGUUGUCCCUGUUCCAGGGACUUUUACUCGUGGCCGUUGGAAAUGUUGGGAUUAUAAAGACAAGACAUCGGAAACUGGUGCAAUUAUUGACUUUACGGACAAAUCAGAAAAACAUUCGUUACCAGUCAAUAUUGUUGAAAAUCUGGUCGGAUGUCGGACUUUCAUUUCCCAUGGCCAAACAGAUACAGUGAAUAAUACGGCAAAUGAACCACACUUGAUUUCAGGAACUGAUACGAGUGGAACAGCAAUAUCACAAGCGAUUGACGUAUCAAAUAUAGGAAAAGAAUCCAGUACAAUCGUUGUUACAUCCAUUGAUCCUCCAUCUGCAACUCCAAUACACGGUACUCCAUCUUCAGCGAGUACUUCUCCUGUGAUCAAUAAUGCAACUAUUAUUGAAACUAAGGGAAAAGUCUCAGAUCACGAAAAUUUAUUGUCACUACAAACUGCAGCGUCGGCGCCCGUCCUUAAUGCUGGAGUAGCACCUGCCCACACAUCCCAGUUCUACCGAACGCCAUCCGCUACAACUUCAUAUUUACAACCACUAUCGGAACAUCCUGAUUCGAAUGUUAUGGUCCAACCAUCGUUUGCACCCGAACCGAUUGCAACAAAUGUACCGCUUACUGUAACUGAAGCGGACGAUCCGUAA